ACGCCUUUUAGAAGAACUUUCUCAGGCCCAAAGCUAUUUAUAUAUGUGUGUUCUGCAUGAGUUCCUCAAAUGCUGAAAAGGGAGAAGAAAGUUUAACACCAAAGAAACCUUUGUCCUUUACUUUUAAAACGAAGUCUAGCCAUUUAAACAUUAAAAGUAAGAGCGAGAUUGUAACAAGUACUGGAAAAUCUAUAUCAUUUUUUGAAGCUGGAGAAAGCUUUUUAGAAAAGGGCGAGAAUCAUAACUCUUCCCUAAUUUAUAAGGCACCGAUUCCUCUCGUUGCCGAUGAUAAAUGGUUUAACAAAGGCAAAAUUACUAGUAGAGCUAGAGCUGCUUCGACGCAGACCAAUAACCUGGCCUCAGGAUCCGAGGAAAUAGUUUCCGCUGUAAUAUCUGAUUGGACAGGUAAUAGGUUUUUUAGUUUGGGAAAGAGUAUACUUAAAAAAAAGUUCAAGUAACUUUGAAGUUCCUAAACUUUGGACUUAAUAGAUUCAGUCACUUUAAGUAAAAAAAAUCUGUCUGGAGAGAAGAGUAUUCCUCUUUUGUCUAGCGAUAGAUCUUCUGUUGAUGGUUUACCUUGGCUUUACUCUUGUUAUAUUGGGUAUUAGUUCCUAAAUAUAUUCUCUGAAGUUGGCAGGCCACUAAGCGAUAUAGAAAAAUUUAAAAAUGAUGUUAAUUUUCGACCCAACGAGUGCACCACGGAGCAGUACGAAGCCAUGCCAGUGGAACAUUUUGGAGUGUUGCUUGUGAAAGGAAUGUUAAAGGAAAAUGAGAGACUUGAAGAAGAACUUAAAGAACCUCGUAAACCGCUUGUGAGGUACGGAAGAAGAGGUUUAGGCGCUUCCAUGUCUAUUGAAGAUCAAGACAUUGAAAAUUUGCUGCGGAAAAAUAAAAAAGGCAAAGGAUAUACUAAGCAGAAAAUUAAAGCUUCUACAAAGAUCCUUUAUAAAAAAAAUGCACAAAGUGUUGCUCGUCAAGCUGAUCUUUGUGAAGGCGACUUUGUAGAAGUGACUGCAGGCAAGCUUAUGGGCUCCUGCGGCCGAAUCAGUUCGAUUAACAGGCAGCACAACUACUCUUUGCUGGAGUUGCCCGUCGAAAAUUUGAAAGUGAAAUUGCUUAACACUGAUUUGAAGAUUAUACCCGAAAAGAAAUUUCUCAAAGCUAUAAAAAGCUUGGCCAAAACUUAG